AGAGUCACUAUGCGUUACAGCAGAUGAAAAGGACAGGAAAGGUCUGGGAGGAUGGGACAGCUUUGGCAGGUCGACUCCACUUUCUUUGCAGGACGAGCACAGACCUAGACCGUCCUAUCACAAGCCGACCGAGUUUGUCGCUGCCCCGGCAUCGUCAGGUUGACUCUUCGUCCCUUCCUCUAGCUACCCGUCACCUUGAUAUCCUUGUAUUCAUCUGCUCUUCUUCCACUCACCCUCACAACCAGCGACAACAAUGGUCUCCCCGCGGCGGUCAGGUCGCACCACCAGCACACCAGCCGAUCGCAACUCGAGAUGGCACAACAAAUUGUCACCCCGCCAGAAGUCGCCCUCUCCCACGAACCUCUCCGACGACAACCUCGAUGCUCAGCCGGGCGCCCUUCACUCUCCCGACGACUCUCGUCAGACUCGUCGAGCUACCAGAGCUCAACACACACACGCCGACGACGUCGACCAAGAAAGCCAGACCAUUGAAGGAGAUGGCGACGACGAAGUCACCCGCUGUGUCUGUGGUCUUCAAGACUACCCAGGCCCGCCAUCGACCGACGACUUCCCCACAAUCACCGACCCCUCACAAGCUGAAGAUGCUGGUGGCCUGUUCAUUCAGUGCGACAAAUGCCAUGUCUGGCAGCACGGUGGCUGCGUAGGCAUCAUGGACGAGAGCAAGAGUCCCGACAACUACUUUUGCGAGCUCUGCGACAAGAAGCUGCACAAUGUUUUGACCGACUCCAAAGGACAACUCUACUCACGAUACCUGCCCGUUAUGAAGCCUGAGCCCAAGACCAGCCGCAAGUCCUCUCUUACGAAAGAAACAGAGUCUGCAAAGGCACGAAGAGAGCAACGAGAAAGCCAAAACAGAGCCAGCGUUGAGUCGUCAACGGGCAAGAGGAGGUCGACUAUGAAUAGCCGCCAGGCUUAUGACGACGAAGAGACGUUGCGUCGAAUUAUCGAAGAGACAAAAGAUGUCGGCGAGUCGACACCAGCAGUGCGCAAAGGAAAGCGUGGACGAGACGACAGCGAAGACUCCAAACACGAAAUCAAGCGCCAACGAACGGGCUCCGAGUCGCCUGAUCCUCCAUCUACAUUGAACACAGGCUCGCUGGACGCAGACUCAGACGAUGACGGCACACAUCCCAAGUCGAAUAAGAAAGCACGGAGUGCUGCAGCAGAGUUGAUCAGACAAAGAGAAGCGCGAGAGCGAGAGCGCACCCGUGACGAGAAGCGCAAAGAAGCUGCUGGAAGACGAAGUGAAAGAGCUGGAAGGAGGAGAGCAGAUGAGUCGGAUCCUCUUGACGACACACCAAGGCCAAUGGGUACACCGGUUCUUUCCACAUCACAACCUCCCAGCCCACCUGCCUCAGCUACACCUCUAGCUCCAGAGAGCUCACACAAGAAGGGCACUGGCAAGAAGCAAAAACGUCUAGGACGUAACCAAUACUCAGCUGCGAAGGCUCCUGCGAACACGUCAGACGCGAACGCUGCAUCCACAAAUCCCAAUGGCAGCAGCGGAGACGACCCCACGACGAACAGCACAACCGACUCCAAGAACAGUCCUAGCAGUAACAACGAGAUACCCGCCGUGACCCUCGCUCCUCCCGCCAAACCAAAACCCGGAAAAUGGGGCGGCCGUGCCAAAAACCCACGACAAGCUGCCAUUCAAGAGUCGGAGAUUGUGAUGAAGGACAACCGCGAAAACAAGAGUCAAAUGACCAUAACCGACAUGAAGAAACGGACCGGUAUGAUGAUGGACUACAUCGCGAAGGCACAGGUCGAUAUGGCUGGUGACCGCACACCACUGAACCCGCAGUUACAAGCUCAACAGCCUCCAGACUUCAAAGAGCUCAGUAGCAGGGAAAUGAUGGACGUCUUGACCAGACACAUCAUGACAUGGCAGAAGGAGUACGGAGGCGAGGCCGCCACUGCUGCCUCCCUCGUUGCAUGACAAGAGGGAACAUGAUUAUCACAUCCACGGCAAACAUCACUUUUACGAAGGGGCGUUCUUUACAAUUGGGACACGGACAAACUACCACCACAUACUGGAAACUGGAACCUGGAGGAUUGGGCAUCAAGGGGCAUCUUGGGUCGGCUUUUUCUGUUUUUUUUUUGCUUCUCACUUUUAACUUUCUUGCUUUGCUACUUUCUUGCUUCACAACUCUUUCUUGCUGGAUGCUUUUCGAGAACGUUUAGAUGUUUCAAAAGCAUAAUCAGUAUACAUGCCUUGUAUGAUGGGUAU